AUGUUGACGUCCUCGCAGGCUGAUAACGGUAGGAAAACCACCUUCACAAAUAGCGCCUGAAAGUGUCCUAAAAAUAGCUAACGCUACUAUUGUUGCUGCUGCAGUACUUGUGAAAAACGCAAAGCACAAACAGCUUUGACAUUUUCCUUCUAUCAAUUGCAUAUCCUCUUGUGACAUGAUUGAUUCAUUCUUCAAUGAUGGAGAAAGCUUUGGGUUUAAUGGAUGUUUUCCAAUAAUUAUUACUGCAUAUUGUCACCAUCUGUGUCGCCUUUCGGUGGACGCGCGCGUUGCAGACCUAUUUCCUUUGUUUUUGCUUUAACCAUGGUACUUCAUUGUCUUUCAGGCUCCACGGCGCAGCCUCCAUUCUCGUAUCCAUCAAGUAUUAAACUCACCUUCGCCAUCUUAUACGCUGCAAUCAUUUCAAUGGCCUUAGUUGGAAACAUUUUGGUGAUCUAUAUUCUGUACAAGAGGCCAGAAACAAGAAGAUUAACAAGCUUCAUGUACGUCAACCUCGCUGUGGCUGACCUACUCGUAACAGCUGUUGUCAUGCCUCAGUCGAUGGAACUAAUCAUUUUGGAUAAUCUGUGGAUCGAUGGAACAUUUGGUGAAUUACUUGCCAAGCUCAUCAUGUUUGUUUUCUUCGUGGCGGUCACAGCGUCCGUCUUCUCUCUAACAGCCGUGGCUUUUGACUUCUUCUUUGGGAUUGUCCUUCCCAUGCAAAAGUUCCCUCGCUUUAGGAACAAAAGAUCUUGGUUCCCACAAUUUGGAUCACCUCAAUGUGUCUGA